AUUAAAAUCUACUGCUGUAGUGAUGAGUGAUUGGUCCUCCGAAGGUACCACAUACGAAGCAGGAUGUACAACAGCAGUUCGAAAAGGAGAUGCAAAAACCUAAAUCCCAAAUUCGUCAAAGACCGCUUGCAUCUGGAGCCGGAGGUGUGUAGUGUACCUUCUAUCUUUGUCCUUUUCCUUUUUUCCUUUAUUUUAUGUUUUUUUUUAUACAUAUAUAUUAGAGAGAGAAAGAGUAGUGGAUAACCACAAACUCGUCUGUAGAGAGAGAAAGGAAGAAAUUUUGUAGAGAGAGAGAGAGAGAGAGUUGUGUAUGGGUGAAGAUGGAUAAAGGGUUGGGCAAUGAUGAGUCUACUAAUAAUAAUUCAAUUUCUUCAUCUUCUGCUGCAGCAUCGAGUAACAAUAGAGAUAUGUUUAUCAAACAGGUCAACAAGAAUUCCCACAAAAUCGCUAAGCCCAUCCGGAAGCCUCUCCCUCUUCCCACCACCGCCUCCGCCGCCGCUUCUUCGUCCGACCCGAAUCCGCUCAAUCCGGGUCUAGGGCAGCCCCAAUCGCAGCAGCCACCGGUCUACAACAUCAACAAGAACGAUUUCCGCGACGUCGUUCAGAAGCUCACGGGCUCCCCUGCUCACGAGCGUUUUCCGACGCCGCCGCCGCCUCCUCCGCCUGUUACUCACCCCAGACCACCCAGCUCCCGGCUGCAGAGGAUUCGACCCCCUCCCCUUGCCCAGAUUACCAACCGGCCACCUCAGCUGAACCAGCAGCUUCCUCGCCCCCAAAAUGACGUCGGUCAAAGGGGCCCGCCGGCGGCGCAGGGGCAGGCGUUUACGCCUCUUCCGCCGCUUCCAUCCGUGCACCCUGCGGCGGAGUCCCCGAUCUCUGCCUACAUGCGGUUCCUGCAGAGCUCCUCCCCCUCACCGUCGCCUCUGUGGAACGCCGUCCCGCCGACCGGCCACCGCCCCGAUUCUCUGAUGCCGCAGAACGAGUUCGGUCAACGGCCUCCCUUCUCGUCGAUGACGCCGCCGGAGUCUCCAAUUUCAGCCUACAUGCGCUACCUCCAGAACUCCGCCGCUUCAUCUUCUGCUCCGAGGCAGGGCAACGGCGUAACCCUACCACCUCCGCAGCCUCCAUUUUUCGCCCCACAGCACCACCAUCCCCCGCCUUCUUCCGCCUCAUUUCCGCCGCUGCCGCUGUCGCCGCUGCCAUUUGGUUGCAUUCCGUCGCCAAGGUCACCUUACGGCAUGAAUUCGCCCAGUUUUCUGUUCUCGCCGACCGGCCAAUUUGGGAUGCCCCAGCUACCCCUAUCGCCGACACCGCCUGUUACAAGCCCUAGGUGGAAGGGUAUGUAAGGAAUUUCACCAAUCAUCGGAAAGGUAAGUCUGCCUAGGGUUUCAUCUACAGUACUUUUUUCGAUUUCAUAUUUAUUAUUCAGAUUCUUAUUAUAGUGGCAAGACUGUAAUUUUUGCACAUGUACAUGGUUUUUGGGAAAUUAUACUGAAAAAAAUGGCCAGUUUAUUAUAGUGGAACAGGAGAUGUAGGUUAAGCUGGUUAAUUAGUGUUUCUUCUGUACAUGAAUGGUGAAGAUAGUGAAGUAAAAACUUUAUUUUGCUUCUUCCCUAUUUCACAUAUUCGUUAAUCUUUUCGACUUUUGAACAAUUUA